GAGAGAGAGAGAGAGAGAGAGAGAGAGAGGGGGGGAUUGAAGGGCACUUUACCACUUUUAUAUGUUGCACGCAUCCAUAGCAGGAAACAGAAGAAAGACAGAGUACUACAAAACCAGAAGAAAGAGAAGAGUAGAGAAGAGAAGAAAACCUACCAAAGUUAACCACAGAACCAAGAAGAUAAAAGAUGGUUCCAAAAUGAGAUUUUUCUUGAUGCUGUACUGAAAAAUUAAAGAAAGAGAGAUAGGUAGUGCUUUCAAUAAAAAGCCCAAGAAAUAAGAAGAACAAGCUAAGGUGUGCGCUGAGACGAUUUUUCCUGAUUUGCAUUUAGCAAACUAUCUUCUCCAAUAACUCUAAUUUGAUUUUCUCAUUAUAAUUCUUGUCUUCUCCAAACUCCAACCUCUCUGUUUAUUUUAUUCUGUAAGCGAAACCUUUUGGAGUGGUGAUUGGUUCUUGAUUUUGGAAACUGGAGAGAUUUUGGUUCUUGGGUUUGUCCUUGUUGGUGAUUUUCUUAGAUGAAGGCCAUGCCCCUAUCCUUUGAGGAUUUUCAAGGGAAGGGGGUGCUAGAUUUCUCUUCUUCUUCUUCUCCGGUUUUAUUUCCUCAACUACCUCCACAAAAUCAACAUCAACAACAGCUAAAGUGGCAAAACAGCAGCACCAAAGAUAAUUGCUGCUAUGUGGGCAGUGAGCCCACCUCUGUACUUGAAGCUAGAAGAAGUCCCAGCCCUCCUACAUCCUCCUCAACACUGUCUUCUUCACAAGGCGGUAGUAACGGCGGUGGUGGCGCCGCCUCUACAGAAACCACCACCGGUGUGGCAGCAGCUGUUUCUGGAAAUCCUUCUGUUGAUAUUAGUACUGAAAAAUGCGGGCAGUUAGGAAUGGAAUACUGGGACGGCGUAUUGCCUGGGUCCCCUAGUCAGGAACCGUCUAUUUUGAGGUUAAUUAUGGGCGAUGUUGAGGACCCAUCUUUGGGUUUGAACAAGCUCUUGCAAGGUGGAAGCGGCUCGUCACAAGAUAUGGAGUUCAAUGCGGGUUUUGGGGUUGUAGAUCAGGGUUUUGGGUUUGAGCCUAUGAAUAGUACCAACUUGGUGAACAGCAUUGACUCUUCUUCUUCUGUUCAUGGAACUUCUCCAGAGUUUCCUCUUCUGAAUCACAAUGUUAGGAUUGGUCCGGUCUUAACCCAAAACCCAAACCAGGUUAUUUCUGCUUCAGCUGGUAAUCUCUUCCCGGGUAUGUUUCAAAAUCAACCACCACCACAAAUUGAAGCUGCAGACGAAAAGCCACAGAUUUUCAAUCCGCAAAUAAUAAUCAACCAAAAUCAAGCUCAGCUUGGUCAGAAUCCGGCCAUGUUUUUGCCCCUGUCGUACGCACAGUUGCAAGAGCAUCAUCUUUUAUCGCCACCACCAACAAAGCGGCUUAAUUCAGGGCCCGUUGGAGCUAACUAUCAGAUGGCAAGGCCAGAGUUUUUUGUCCAGCGACAGCAACAGCAGCUUCAAAUGCUACAACAGCAAAGACCAGCAAUGAUGAAGCAGAAAAUUAUGACAGACGAAUUGGCGGCCCAACAGAUUCAACAGGCCAUAUUAAACCCAAUAUGCCAAGCAGCAGAGCUGAUAGAAACCGGCAAUCCGGUACUCGCGCAAGGGAUAUUGGCGCGGCUCAAUCACAAGCUCUCUCUUUCCAUCGGUAAGCCUCAUAUUAGGGCUGCUUUUUACUUCAAGGAAGCUUUACAGUUACUCCUUCACCUGAACAACGGUACCAACUCACCUAGUUUGACCCCUUGUAGUCUUAUUUUCAAAAUUGGAGCUUACAAGUCCUUUUCUGAGAUCUCUCCAAUCCUUCAAUUUGCCAAUUUUACUUGUAAUCAAGCCCUUCUUGAGGCCUGUGAGGGUUUUGAUAGAAUUCAUAUUAUUGAUUUUGAUAUUGGAUUUGGUGGGCAAUGGGCUUCUCUUAUGCAAGAGCUUGCUUUGAGGAAUGGAGGUGCUCCUUCGCUUAGAAUCACUGCCUUUGCUUCUCCUUCUUCACGUGAUGAGGUUGAGCUUGGCUUUACUCAAGAAAAUUUAAGAAUCUUUGCUAGUGAAAUCAACAUGCCGUUUGAGCUUGAAAUCUUAGGCUUCGAGUCUUUGAAUUCAAUGCCUUUUCGUGGAUCAGAGAAAGAAGUAAUUGUUGUCAAUCUUCCAAUUGGGCCUUUCUCUAAUUACCCAUCAUCACUUCCAGUGGCACUUCGCUUUGUAAAGCAGCUCUCACCUAAAAUUGUUGUCUCUUUGGACAGAGGGUGUGACCGAACAGAUCUGCCAUUUGCCAGCCAUGUAAAUAAUUCCAUUCAAUCUUAUUCAAGUCUGCUUGAAUCACUGGAAGCUGUGAAUAUGAACUCAGAAGCCCUGCAAAAAAUUGAGAGGUUCUUGGUCCAACCGGGUAUUGAAAAAAUUGUACUGGGUCGUCAUCGCCAUCCUGAUAGGACACCUCCAUGGAAGAGUCUGUUUUUGCAGUCUGGUUUUACUCCAAUUCAAUUCAGUAACUUUGCCGAGUCACAAGCUGAUUGUUUGGUGCAGCGAACUCCGGCUAGGGGAUUCCAUGUUGAAAAGAGGCAGUCUUCGCUGGUUCUUUGCUGGCAGCGAAAGGAGCUAAUAUCGGCUUCAGCUUGGAGGUGUUAAGGAAUUAAAGAAUUAUUGGCUACCAAUUAGUCAUUGUUGCUGAGAUUCCUCGGAAAUUACUGGUUUAAUUUCUCAUCUUAUGCUAAUUUUGUAUGUGCCUUAGGCUUAAUUGUUUCCUGUCAAGAAACCAAAACAUUUCUUAAUUUGCUGGCAGCCAAAGGAGCUAAUAUCGGCUUCAACUUGGAGGUGUUAAGGAAUUAAAGAAUUAUUGGUUCUACCAAUUAGUCAUUGUUGCUGAGAUUCCUCGUAACUUACUGGUUUAAUUUCUCAUCUUUUCUUAAUUUUUGUUGUCGCUGGUUCUCUUACGCUAAUUUCUAUGUGCUUUAGGCUUAAUUGUUUCCUGUCAAGAAACCAAAACAUUUUAGUAACUGAAUGACUGUGUUCAUGUAUUCUGUCACUUUAGAUAUUGCUUAAUUACUCCUGUUUUAACGUGGUGACGGUCUCUUGUACAUUUGACAACAAAGGGAAAAGACAAAUCAAGAGUUAACCUUUUGAAAUCAA